AUGACUACUGACGGAUCCCAGAAUAAUGAGCUAGAAGACUUUGAAGCAUACCUUGAACCGGAUUUUGAGGCUGCCAAUUUUGCCAAUUCACUAUUAAUAUCCACCAAUGGACACGACAACAACCUAUUAGACUUGCAAACCCCCGUGAAAAAGCUCAAAUAUGAUUUAGUUGAAUUGGAUAAAAGAAUGAAGUUGAUUUCAUCGACCAAUUAUGAAUCGUUAACUUCAAAUUUCACUCAAAUCGAACAAUACAAGACGAUUCUACAGGAUCGGAUUAAUCCUCAACUUGUAACUAUUAACAAGCCAUUUGACAAGAUUAAAAGAGAAGUCAUUGAACCGUAUGAGGAUGCAACUCGAUUGAAUAAUGCGUUAAAGAAUAUACAUCAAACUUUGGAGUUGUUGCGUACAUCAUCGUUUUUCAUAUUCAUUAUUCAACAAUUGGAAGAGCUACAAGUAGGAGGUGGGGGUGGUGAUGGUUCUACUAGUAGUCCAAGCGGAGAUGUGGUCAGAACAAGUCGAUUAUAUUCGCAAUUGAUGAAUUUAUACCAAUCAGUAACGACUCCUUCUGGUGGGAUAAAAUCUGAUCUCAGUGGCAACAACAAUAGCAAUGUCAUGUCAAUUCGAUUCAUCCGAGAUUAUCGGGCUACGGCAAUAACUAGGAAACAAAGCUUACUUCAUGAAUUCUCAAGGGUGGUUAAUCAUGAAACCAGUCGAGCAACUUCGUUGAAUUUGAAAAACUUGAAACUAUAUCAUCAUUUACAAGCAUUGUAUAUCCUUGAUCCGCAUGAAUUUUGUCAAAUCUUUGAUAAAUCAACUAUACAACGACUGUUAACAACUAGUAGUAAUCAAUUAUCAAAAGCAUUACAAUCACCAAGAAAUUUCACGGCAAUAAUGACUGAAGUUCAACAAAGCAACACAAUAUAUUUUAAUAAAUUGGAUGAAGUAUUGGCUAAAUGGAACUUGCCUCAUGAUAAUAGCAAUAAAGCUGAUCAAAGUUAUUUACUGUUUAUACUAAGUCAUUAUGGAACUGAUUCAUUACAUUUGCUCUUUUGGCAAAAGUUGGCACAACAAUUGAAACGUAAUAUUGUUGCAACUAUGGCUAGAGGUGGUCCAAUUGCUAAAAAUUUAAAAGUUUAUAGUCAAGGACUUAAAACUUCGAUUGAAGACAAGUUUACUAAUGUCAAAAUCAAACAAGACAUAUUGGAUGCAUUCUCAAUGAUUGAAUACAAAUAA